GGACGUGACGUAGGCUGCGCUGUCCCUAGCAGCGUAGUGUUGGAAGGCGGUGUCGAUGCAGCCUUUCAGGCAAAGCGGAGGGACGUUAUGUCACUUUUCAUUCAAUGCUGCUGCUGGGGCUUUUUGCCAAACACAGAACGGACUGUCCGCGCAGAAACAUGGCUUCCUCUGCAGUGAGUAAGGCAAAUAACAGAGAAAAAGCUUCUUCAGACAGCCCGAAAUGUCCUGAGGAGUCUGUGUCGCAGUCCGGGGACAUUAUAACCCCCUCCAUCACGGAGCUGACCAAAGGAGUGAGGACCAACAUCCUCUGCACCGUGGAGGGAUGUGGCAAGAUUCUCCCCAACACACCUGCACUUAACAUGCAUCUUGUUAAGUCGCACAGAGUGAAGGUAAACGCUUUUAAACCUGUCUGAUGUUCAUGUAGAAGAGGGCAGCGUGUCACCUCUAUGCUAACUUGGCUAACUGAAAACAUUGGCACAGAACUGAAAAAACGCAAGUCAUCCAUAACAACUUAGUCUGAGCUGACUCUGAGCGGUGAUGCCGAGCGAACAGAGAUUUUCAUUUAGAGAAAGGUCAAAGUGUACCUCUGUAUGUGAGUGAGAAGCAGCGAAACGUGAAUGUUGUCAAAGUGAAGUUUGGCGUUAGCGAGCUAACUAGCAACGCUACAACUGCCCACUGACGUCAUCAAUUACUGAUAUGGACCGCACGUGAUGACUGAUGCUCGCGGCAUUUACCUACACACACCUGAUUAACCCCUUCAUUUCAUUAAGAGUUAACUAAUUUUUCUGGACCCAAUCCUAUUAGUUAGUGAUGCACGAUAUGAAAAAUUACAACCGAUACCGAUAACCGAUAAUUUUCUUCUUCUCAUGGCCGAUACCGAUAACCGAUAAAUUCACAUUUUUACAUUUAUUAUAAUCUUCAUAUAAUCUGCAGUUUGUGCAGGAUGCAGUGAUUGAAAACUGAUAUUUUUGUUGCUCUGGCCUAUCUAGAACAACAAACUAAAGUUUUUGGCUCUUCAAAUGUUUAUUUUUUCCAUGUCAUCACAAAAAUCUGUGGUCAUUAGCUAUAACUAACAAUAACAAAGCAAAAAGCAGAACUUCGUUUGACCAAAACAGUGCAUCCCCUGAACUGUUCAACAGAACUGUAGACUGUAAAGGAGUUAUUAUGAGACGUUAGGCUUAGCAUGCUGACCGGACUAACAUCUGACGUCCAUAUGUCUGUGGUAAAACUCACGUGUAGUCCGUUCUUGUCGAUCAGGUUGUGAAUGUAUGUGGCGACAAUAUCAUAGAGUGCAGGAAGGGACACAUCCGAGAAGAAGCGGCGGCUUGGGAGUGUGUAACGUGGCUCCAAGUGUGCUAUGAACUUACGAAAACCCGGGUUGUCAACGACGGAAAAAGGCUGGUCGUCGACCGCUAAGAACUCCAUCACUUUGUCGUUAAUGGCUUUAGCCUUUUCGCUGUCUCUUGAGAAGCUUUUGCAGUUUUCAAACGCCUGCUGAAUGGGGACAUCGAUCCUCCGUAGUGUUGUUGUCUUAGCUUUAGUACCGCUAGCAGCUUCGGCGGCUGUCUCAUAGUCUUUUAAUACCGCUUCGCCGCGAUGGCGACUUUUCAGAUGAGCUAUCAGAUUCGUUGUGUUAAAACUUGACGUCUUCUUUCCUCCUCUCGGAAUCCUCGCUGAACAGGUUUUGCAUAUAGCAGCUGUUGUCAUCUUCUGCCACUGAGAAAAACGACCAUGCUGGUGAAGACAUUUUAUUAUCAGUCAGGUAGUGACAGGGGUCAGAUUUGGGACCUGCAAAUAAUCCGCGACGGGCGGCUAUUCCGCCUGCAAACGUUACUCGUAAUUUCAUUAAUAUAUCGGAUCUUUCUAUCGGAAAAAUGCACCUAUCGGACCGAUAAAAAAUGACGUAAUUUCCCCCCAAAUCGGCCGAUAUUCUAUCGGUCCGAUAAAUAUCGUGCAUCCCUACUAUUAGUACUUUAUUUAUAUAAAGUAUCUGCCGAUUAUGUGUCGUGAUUUGAUACUUGCAUUUUCCUAGAUAAUACAACUUCAUCCCUUUUUAUCCUUAAAAUAACAACAAAAAAAGAUACCUUCAGUUCAAACCUCAUAACUUAGCAUUGUAGCAGAUCGCACAAAUAUAAUCAAAACUCAAGUGUAAUGGCUUAUAAACUGCAAUGUGGAAUAAUUGGCUUGAGAUCAGACUGUUGCAAGAAGGACCAUAUUUGUUCCUAUCUGAUAGGUAAGACCAGGACAUCCUUGUAUAAAACACUGGCUAGGGACUCUCUUUCCAUUUUUAUAUUGAAGGGAUAUUCCGGCGUAAAAUUAAUAUAGGGUCAAACCCACUUUAACACAGAGUUAGACACGCCCUCGAGAGAUGAAUGUUGCCGACCGCUUGCUUCUCUUGUUAUACCAAAUUUACUAACAACCGCACAAUAGCAAUACACAGUGGUCUGAGGAGCCACACGCUCAACCAAAACGCCACUCUAUAGCCACAAAUAAUGCUCAGAACAGCUAUUUUGUCCCAGUCAUAGCACUAGCCACCAAACAUCUUUUUAACUGUGCCUAAUUUCUUCAGCAAAGAGACUAAACACAACUCACCUACUCUCUUCCAGCAGCCGCUUGUUUGUAGCGAGACCUCGAGCCAAUCCAUUACGGACUACAGCGGGGUGACGCAGCUCAAGGAAAAACAUUAAUGAUCAUUUCUUCAUGGAAAUGCAAUCAGACCGAGACGCUAAGGCAGAAGAACUACCACGUUUGCAGUGCAAAAUAAUUAAUAUGAUGAUUAUUACUUCAAGGAAAUGAUAGAAUAAUGAUCAUAAAUGUUCUUCCUUGAGCUGCGUCAACCCACAGAGGAUAUCUUUCCUAAAGAGUCUGUUCAGUUGAAAAACUUAAGGGGAAAACCAGUCCUGUACAUCCUGACAGAGUUUCAGAGAAAAUAAAUUGUAAAGUUAAAUUGUUAAAAGUUUCUAACACAGUUUGUUACGGACACACUCAGUAUCCUUUACAUAGUGUUUUUGGACUCAUACAGUCAGCAAUGCAAAGCCAGUGUAAGCAUCUGGACCAAAGCUUACUUUUAACUCCGGAUCCCAAGUUCUCUGACGACUGGUCUGUUUUGUGGGAGGCUGUAAUUCACAGUUUCCCUCCAUGAAUGAAGUUCUUUGCAGAGAAAGGCUGCCUUUUGUCCAGCAUUAGACUAAGCUCUUUGUCCAAAAUAGGUGAAUGUUAGAAUUUGAAUUAGCCCUCAGAAGGAGUCCCAAUGAGCCUAAAGAAUGGUAAAAGCCCUAUCAGUGGUCUGUCUCUGCUACUACAUAUGUAAAACCACAUGCUCUAUGUACAUAUAAGAUUGAGUCUUCUAUGAUUUUUAGCUGUCAUAUUUUGAAGAUAAUUUUACUCAACUGCCUGGAAGUUUCUGCUUUCAGAAAAGUUUAGUUUUUUUGCUCUACAUUCACUUUUAAAGCAUGAAUUGUGCCUUUAAAAAUGUAAAGUGAGGUGUAAAGAAUCAAGCAACGGUCAAAAGCGGGUAUAGAGAGCAGAGACUGAGCAUGUUGUUUUUUAGAUCAUCAUCAUACUGGUACAGCUAAACUGGACAUAUGUAAUCAGUCCUUUUGAGGCUCCAAUAAUAAGUCUUGUGUGACUUACUUGGCUUCACUUUCUUGUUUUGUGUGUUGCUGACAUGAGCAACAGGAAAAGGCUUAAAGAAAUACGACUUUCUUAAUAUUGUAUUGUGUAGUAGUAGUAGUAAUCAAAACAUAAAUUAAAAGUGCUAACCCUUGAAAAGUCUGCUCUAAGUGCAGUGGACUGACCCUGGUUUGGCAAAACUGAUUCUAGAUUUCCCCCCGAGUUUGGCGCUACAUCAGGCUGCUGACUUAUGAUGAAUAGUGCGCUGACAUGAUUCAGCCCGCAGUCUACAACCAAAGAUACAUCUAAAACCAAAUGUCAGUUCAUUCUCUGUUGGCACAGUUUCUUGUGAUGGACUGUAGGGUGUUCGUCAGCUAUGGAUGCUUGGCCCUCCUCAGUGCUAAAACAGAUGGAGGUGACCUUGACUACUCGAAGGCUGCAGUUUAUUACUGUUAUGAUACAUGAAUACAUGAUGGGUUUAGUCCAUUUUCAUUAUUCAGCUUCUCUAUUAAGCAUGAUUUUCAUUAGCUUUAAACAUACAGUGUGCUGCUUGUGAAAGCUCACCUUGAGGGUGAGAUGAGCAGCGAUACAGCCAGUCAUUUUGCACCAUGCACUGUCAAACUCAUUAGCUUCUUUUGUGAGGUUAUGGAUGACAGAGCUUACAGCACAUUCUGAAGUGUGGGGGCUCUGCAAGGUUAUUUAAAUCUUAUUGGCUUAAAGUUACACUGAUUAAAAAAUCUAAGGUGUUCUUGAAGCUCCAAAUUUAUUAUUUUUAGUCAUAUUUUGUCCGUAUUAUGUGUUAAAAAAACAGCAGUUCUGUUGGUAAACCUGUAGGAUGCAAAGUAAGAGCAUUUCAUCUGUUUGAUUACAACAAAAUUCAAAGGUUUCUCUGUUUUGUCCUCUAUUUCUGUUGCCCUGCCAACGUCACCCUCAGGAUGGUAUCGUCAAUCCCACGGUCAGGAAGGACAUGAAGAGCUCGCAGAAGCUGUACUGCUGCCCUAUUGAGGGGUGUCCCAGAGGCCCUAACAGACCCUUCUCUCAGUUCUCCUUGGUUAAACAAGUAAGCCUUUCCUCCAGUGACACGCUCUUGUUGCCAUGCUAUCUGAAGAAUAAGAUGACGUUAAAUCUUUCAUUAAAAGUUGUCGCUACUUGAAAAAAGUGCAAUGUAAAUCAGUUACUGAAAGUUUGUUUUUACCAUCCAGAGUGCAUUUCUCUAAAACUGCAGUAUGAACAGCUGAAAAACGCUGUCUUCAUUUCAUCACACUGUUUCAAUAAUACACUGGAAUUCAACAGUACUUGAAUCACUCAAAGUUAUAUCCCCUCCUGCCAUUUAAAGAUUUCUUUUUGUUAAUCAAAAGCUCCACAUUUCUAAAAUUUGGAUUUACUUUAUAUGUUAAAAAAGUUGUGUUCAUUCUGCUCUUUCCUUUUUUUCCACCUGUGUGAAUGCAGCACUUCAUGAAGAUGCAUGCAGAGAAGAAACACAAGUGUGUCAAAUGCAACAAUGGCUACAGCACUGAGUGGGACCUAAAGAGGCACAUAGAGGACUGUGGGAAGACCUACCAGUGUACUUGUGGGUGCCCCUAUGCCAGCAGGGCUGCACUGCUAUCACAUAUCUACAGGACCGGCCAUGAGAUCCCCACAGAACACAGGCAUGUAUAGUAUAGCCUUAUAGUCACUGAAACGGCUCUAGAUGAGGCUUGAAGUAAAACCUUAUUUUGUGUCUUCACAGAAUUCCUCCAGUUAAAAAGCGGAAGAUGGAGAAACUGUUGGGAAGCUCAGAAAAGGUUAACGAGUCGACCUGUCACAUCACGUCUGCUGCCAAGGAGCUUUCAGAGACUGCCCUCCCUUCUGACACACCUGUUCACAUUUUAGACUCUGUGAAUCAGAACUCAAACCCUCGUAAGAACCUCCAGAAGCUGCUCCUUCCAAAGCCCAAGAUCGCUUUGGUCAGCGUUCCUGUGAUGCAGCUUGCCCACUUGCCUGUCCUCCUUCCAUCCACAGAGAGUGGGGCUCUAAGGUCUGUAGUGCUUGCAGUCGACAGCCAAGGCUCAGUCAGCACCCUCCACCUCCUGCCACAAGCCACAGGAGCUGUGGUGCCCCAACUCGAUGCUAAGAGUUUGGGUUUUAAGGACAGCAUGCCCACUUCCCGCUCUAGCCUUGGGCCUGUAAGCACAGGGGUGCAGGUCAGUCUGGACCCUGCCGGUCCAGAGGACUCAGCUAGUAGCCUUGGAGGACAGAGGGGAAGAAGCACAUCCACCAACAUCCAGACAGACAAGUCCUACUUGUCAAAAAUACCCUCAGGAGUUGGGGUAGGGGAUGGGUUGGGCUUGUGCUCAGUAACAGAGUCCUCAGUGUCAUCUUGCUCCCAAACAGACAUCAGCGUAAGUGCCCAAGUCCUCCUCCCAGUCAGCGUUGAAACACAAACAUUCUCCUCCCGGGCCAAAGCCACUUCCACUAUUGGAGCUCAGACGGACAGCCAGUGCAUGAACCAGAUCCCCUGCUCCUCCUCAUCGGUGCCUCCCUACAGAACCAGGCAGACACAGACACAUUUUGCCUCACUACAGUCAGAAGAAAAAACUCACGACCAAGCGAUCAUGUGCUCUGACCUGUUCGGCAGUGACUCCCUGAGUGUCUCCACUCAGACAGCUCUGGACUUAGAUGACACUCUCACUGCUGCAGGAAGCAGUAUCUAUGAGGACUCAAAGUCAGCAGGUGGUAUGUGUUUUGGGGUGCAGACAGUCGAGCUCAGCUCAAGCAACAUGGCAGACAACCAGACUCAAACAAUGACCUUGUUAAAUGAUCUAGAAAACAUUUUGUCCGACAGCAUGUCGGGCCACCAGGUUCUCAGUGUCGCCUCUGCAGGCUGUGGCUCAGGUCUGGGCUCAGUUCAAGAGCAACACAACGGCAUUGACUUUGACUUUGAGGAGUUUCUUAAUGCCGUGCACAUCCAGACACAGACCGAGGAGAGCGAGCUGGGAGGACUGGGCGGGGACACACAGCUGGAGUCUCUGGACAUUCAGACCCAGACAGACUUCCUCCUGAUGGAUGAACUGGACCAAAGCGAGGGACCAAAUCGAACCCAAGCCAACGACCUGGAGCUAUUUGAUACUCAAACUCAGACUGACCUCAAUUUCCUGCUGAGUGCCGGCAGCCACAUGCCCCUGAGCAGCAUCCUACGACAUUCAAGCUUUUCUAUGAGCACUGAGUCAUCAGACACAGAAACGCAGACUGAUCUCCCUCCAUUUCCCAGCAGCCUCUCUGCUCAGACUCCUGUCAGUCAGGGUGAACAUGCAAGGCUGCUGAACAGCAUAGAGACUCAGACCACCAGCCAGGCAGAAGGACUGGGACACCUCUUCCUGACGAGCAAUGAAACACAAACUGUAAUGGAUGACUUCUUGUCAGCAGACCUGGCCUGGAAUAUGGAGUCUCAUUUCAGCUCUGUGGAAACACAGACGUGUGAGGAGCUCUGCGCUCUCUUUCAGCACCCUGAGAAACCCAACAGCUGAAACCUUCAGUGAGAAGCUGUCUGAAGUUUUCCAGUGCAGGUUUCAGAUGCCUGUAUAUUCCUCGAGUGGAAUAAGUCUACACUGUCCUCCAGUGGACCACAGUCUUACCAGAAUGAAAUCUGCGAAAAUUGUCUUUGAACAUUCCCGUGGAGACAUCGUGUCAGGAGUUGUUCCAGGUUUAAGUCCUGACAGCUCUGCUGCACUUUAUUAUAGCUCAAUGGGCAUGACUAUCCGCUCCUAUGACAGUUUACAUAUUUAUUUGCACAUAAGGUAACAUUAUACGUGUCUUUUCUGAAAUGCCAGUUUACUUCUCUAUUCCAGUGUUGAACCACUGUGACUGGUUUUCACUGCUUGGUCUUACUAGCAGUUACAGAACAACCCAACAUUUCAUUAAUGUUAGGUCUGCUCUUCAGAAGAUGGGAGCUUUAGCUGCACAAGAACAAGCUUCUAAAAUUGUUACGGCAGCUUUGAGGUAUGCACACACUGCAUGAGAACAGUAUCAUCUCAGCAUCUGAAAUCAACAUUGUGCGUUUAGUAUAUGCAUUACACACACGUGUUAAAGUAUGGUGCAUUUUACAGCUUGUGCAUCUGGUGGCCGCCUCUUUGAUAUCACCUGAUCAGAGACAGCAUGACUAAAAACUUAAAGAGUAACUGCAAAACAAGCUUUGCUGUCAGUGAUAACCUGAACCACCAACAGCCUGUCAGCUGAGAUUUUCCAAAAUAAAAGCCCACGAAGCCUUUGACAGUGAACCACUCAGUUGUGUCCCUGACACAGAACUCAUUGAGAAGUGGCACAAGUAAAGAUGAACAGUUUUUUGAAAUGUCUCGUUUGUUGUUGCACAAUUUCAUUGAAAUGUGUUUUGUGAAGUAUUCUGUUGUUGCGUGAAAACUUGUUAGUGUCUGGGCCAUUAUAGCUAAGCAGUCAAUUAAAGUCAGUCAGCAGACUAGGCUGUCAGCGUCUUUGACUUAUUCAUUAGCUGGGUGUAAGUGUAUACAGAAGCAGUACACAGUGCUGUAGUGAUGCAGUAAUGUCACUGUAGGGAAGCACAUACUGGAUUAGAGCAAGGAUUAGCACAGAGAUGUACGUAUUCACUACCUGAAGAGUCCCGGUAACUAUAUUAACUUCAAUUCAUCUGAUAUUGAACCUUAACCUUAAUAAGACAUAUUUCUAUUUAUUCAUUUUCUCUCUGUAAUGUGUAACAUUAAACCCAAUGUAUUUUAAUGUUUUUUUGUGCUAUUGCACUGAGUUACCUCAUUUUCAGCACAGGCGCUGCAUGUUAACUGUGUAGUGGGAAACAUAGUCAUACGCCUUGAUCAUUUGUCAGUUUUGUUUUGUUGGUGCCUUAUCCCGAGUAUUAGCUUUAGUUUGUUACAGACAAUUGCUGCUUUUUAACAGUUUUCAGAAUAUAUAGGUAUACUUGUUUUAAACAAUGAACUAACAAUGAAAGAUGGUCUGUGUCCUAUCAUUUUGCUUUGCAUGAUUAUUUCAUUCUGAAUUUGUAUUUCCAACAUUGUUGCAUGAAAUACUGGGAUGUCCCGUAAUUAGUUUCUAUUUGAAGAUUAUGUUGUCUCACAUGAAAUUAAUGCUAUGCAGCAUUUUGUUGAAAAGAAUUGGUUUUGCACCAUCCCACAUUUUGAUGGAUGUAUGGAUCGAGUUCAUAGAUAUUUGCAGAAAUUGAAGAAUGUACAGAACAUGACACUGUGCCCCAGUAAAACACUCUUAUCCUAACACUACAGCUGAAGGACAAUUUCCAUGUGUUGAUGAAGAUUUUGAUGGAAACGUGAAAUUGCUUGUUUUUGUGUUGAGAUUAGUACUUCUAGUUUGUGAUUCUUGGAUUCAGAUGCAGCAUGGCUGCUCCCUGCUGGUUUAGCUGCACAGGGAAAAGCUUUGCUUUGACAGAUUUAUGUGUAGACGCCUUGUCAGUCUCAAAGUGUCUGUUACAGUGCUUUAUUUUCUCACCAUUGGGAAUGCAUGCUGAUAUUUUCCCUGCACAAAAUAUUUGUAAUAGGAGAAGUUCUGUUGCCUAUAUGUGUAGUGAAUGGUUGCCUUGAUUAAUUGUCUGAGCUACACUACAUAUAUUCUAAAUAAACCGCUGGAAAGUGUGUUCAUUGUCAGUUAAAACUGUGUUUCUUGACUCGAAUUAUUGAACAAAAAUGAAAGAGAAACAGGCUUUUUUUCCAAAUAAAACACACAGAGAAAAGUUCUAAAAUAAAUCAGAAAUGUCUUCUUUAACUGGAGCUUUUGAUCCAUUUUCAGUUUAAAACCUCUGAAAUAUUUUUUGCGACCACGAAUUAAGCUUGUACAACAAACUUCAUAAGCUUUAGUUGUGCUUUUGUUGCAAAAAUAUAUAAAACCAGUGUUGUAGCUGGUACAUCUUUUUACUGAUACAGCAACAACAACAACCCUCUGAAAACAGACUUCAAGGCAAUGAUUGACAGCAAACUUUCCAGAUCUUUCAACUACAUCGCAAUCAAAUUUGAGCAACUAUCAUUUUAUUUUAAAGGCAGCAAAACACAAUUGAGGUAUUGAAGUAAAGCAAAAGUUUAAAAAAUAUCACAAUAUUAUUGCAACUAUUAAAAGAUGUGGGGUAAUAAGCUGAUCUUGGAAGACAAAACAUGGCACACAGUGUGCUUGGUGAUCCUAUCAUGAUCCUGCCUUAUUCACCUCUGUAGGGUUACAGUAACAAAACCAGAGCCCAUUCAAAGUAGUAAGGAGUCACCCUGUAACAGAUAAAUAAUUUACAACAGAUUUACAACUCACUGUGUGUAUAAUUCAGUGGUUUGGCAAAGAUCUGUAAUGUUAUCGUAAUGUAUGGUUGCAGGACUUCCUCUCUGACAGAGCUGUAGAUUGUGGCUAAAAGUUUAAAAGGUAGCAAGAGUGAAGCCGGCACACUGCCAUGCCUCUUAUGAGGUAGUUGGACUGUUGCUAGGUAACUAGAACAGCUGAAAAGCACUUGUGGGAACUGAUCAGAAAACAAUGAGGCCCAAAUGACAUAUUGAGCUUAACCUUGCUAACUCCACUGUUAUUGCUGUGGUCUGUGUGGCCAAAAAACAGUCAUAAAAUUAACAUAAAAAUAACAUCCAAUUCAAUUUUCUGGACCAACAGUUUUUAUAGAAACACUGAUGCAAGGUGUUCAUAAUAGAAGACAAGACAAUACACUUUAUCAGGAUAAGCUAGAGAGCUUCAAAAACACACAUACUUCACUUGCAUGAUUGGUCAGUUAAACAUUUAUUCCGCGGCCCUUGUGCAGCUUGACAGCACACAUGGUCUUGUUUGGGUGAAUACGAGUUUGUGAAGUUGUAGCAGUGCUGGAGGACUGGAGGACCUGUUUGCCCAUUGAAUAACUGGCUUGGUGCACUGUGUCAGCUUUGGAGGACAUGGGUACCUGAUACCUCCUGGGUAUUAAAGGACUUACAGCAGAGAACAUGUGGGGGUUAUACGGACAUGUCAGAUAUGUAGAGGUCAGGGCUGAAGAGUACACUUGAGGCUCAAGGUGAGUGAUAGGGUCCACUCUUGACCCUCUUUUCAAAUUCUUAAAAUCAAAUGAGAAAUAGUUUUCCUCUUUGGUUUCUUCCUCCACAGUCUUCUUGCCAGCGAUUCCCUUAGACUGCAAAUGUGGCAGUUUGAUUGGUGGUAAAAACGUCAAGUUUUUAAUGGGAAUCGUGGUGCUGUUGGGCCUGCGGCUGUGUUUCUGAGGCUUUGAGGGCCUGGUCUCCACCACAGAGUAUUUUGUAGAGGUAUGAUGCACCUCUCUGAGCAUCUCAUUCUGCUCUACUUUCUCUUUGAGUGAGAGAUGUGCUAUGGUUUCCUGCGGCGUGUUGGUAAAAGGCCAGUCUGAGG